AUGUCAGAGCCUGCCAACAAUGGUGACCCGCCUCCACCCAAGAGUCCGCCCAAGGGAGGUAUCCCCCAUCCAUCAUCAUCGAGUAGACCGAAUAACAACAUUCCCACCAGCAAGUCUUCACCACGGAGCCAUGGCAACCCUCCACGAGCUCCGUUGGUAUCCACUCCUGCCCGUGACCCGGUGGCGAUGGUAGCCAAGCGAAUGCAGCAUUUGCAACUCCACGGCAGUACGUCACAGUUGUCUCCCUUGCCCAGCAGCAUCCUCUCGGCAAGUUCGCCUAUGCGAACCACGGUGACUCCUGGCAGGCAUCAUCAGUAUGAUCUGACCCCCGUCAUGAAGAACACGUCCGAGCUACCAGGUGCUGCUGGCGGAGUAGACUUGGAUCUGGAGCUGGACUUUGAUCUGGACAAACUGGUAGAUGCUAGGUGUAAUGGUACUGCCAACAAUAACAUCAGCAUGGUCUCCCCGGAUGCUGGGGCUGCUGCAGGUGAGGGGCUGCACGGAGAACACUUGACCUUGCCAGAUGAUCUAUUCAAGGGAGGAAACGUGUUUGCGAAUCGACCGGGGCAUUUGCCGCCAUUAGCCAAGAGAGGUAUUCUACCGGUCAACCAGAGGCGUGGGUCCACUGGAGGUGUCCCUCACUGCCAUGGAGAUUGGAGAGCUAGUCAUACACAUCAAAAAGAAACCAUUCCCUCGGCUCUAUCCAGCAACGACCCCCCUCCUCCUUGUACCAGUGUGAUUCGAGCGCCCGAGUUGGCCUUCUUUCCGGAAGUUGAAGACCCCAUCCCGUUUCCUCCGUCAUCUGGCAAAUCCAACACCUUUACGUCCAUGAAACAGUACGAGAAACAGCUCCAGCACACUUGUACCGAACAGGAACCGCCCAUGUCCGGACUUCGACCCUAUCAGCCGUCGAGACAGGACCGCGGCAUUGUGGAUAUUCCCCAAGAAGCACUCGACAGUAUCUUUACGGCGCGACGAACGAACAGCGGUGAUGGUCCCGAACUGGGCAUUGAUGGGACCUUCUCAUCGACUGGUCCUACGGCAACGACGUACUCGGAGGAUGCGGACGAGUGUCCUGGUCAAAUGUCUCUGUUUGCUGCCAUUCCCCUUGAAGAUCGACAGUGGUCCAUUCCUUCCAUUCGCAUGGCCAAUCGAUUGGGCGGUAGUAUUGCCUCGUGUACUACUUACACGGAUGAAGAGGAUGAAUCGCUGUUGCACUACAGGGAUGAUGCCAGCCUCAGUAGCAUGGGGUCCUAUACCAAUGUCUUGACUCUUGGAGGAGGUGACGACAUUCAAGGUGCGGCCUUUGUGGUGACAGUGACUCCCGACAAGCAGCAGCAGCAGCAGCUAUGUUCCUUUGAUAGCAACGAGCAACCGCAGCUCCCCUUUGCUACUAAUCCUCCCGAUGCUAGAGCCUUUGCGGCACGUGGACAAGAGUUUUUACAAGAGACCGAAGCUUUCAGUGAGGACACGGAAGAUGAUAUUCGUGAGGACACGGUAGAUGUCAUUCAACCGCCUCGACACACGGAAUCACGGUAUCAUCAAGAAAGGAGACGCCAAAAACGAAAGGAGCAACGUAACAGACAAGCCUACGAAUGGCUCCGACAAGUCAAGGCUGGAGAUGAUGACGUGGCAGAAGCAGCCAGUUCCAAGUUCUUGCGCAGCAACGCUGCAUCCAUCUUUGCUGCUCCUCAUGCGUCCCCUCUUGUGCUGGGAGGAGGUAGGCCCAUGAAACGUCUUUCAUCGGCAGCUGUGGAAACCGGCGCGUUUGCAUUCUUGGCACACCAAGACAGUAUGGAAGAUCACGCAGAAAGCUUCCACAAUAUCCUUGCUACCAGUUAG